AGGGAAUCAGAGAAGAGGACCAAGUCACAGAAGCAGACAGGAAAUAUUUGCUGUUCUUUUUAUUUCUUGGUUGUUUGUGUGGCUGCACUCAUCGGGUGGUGAUCACCUGAAAACACUUGCAUGAUGCAUUUGUCUGAUGACCAAAAAUCACCAGAAGAAGAUAUUAAUUUUGGGGCUGCCUGCAUAUUCCUUCGUGGAGGGAAACACAUAACAAGAGAAUUGGCUGAAGAUGAGAUUGAUGAGCUGCGUGAUGCGUUCAAUGAGUUUGACAAAGACAAAGAUGGGCUGAUCAGCUGUAAGGAUUUGGGGAACCUGAUGAGGACAAUGGGCUACAUGCCCACUGAGAUGGAGCUGAUUGAGCUGAGCCAAAACAUCAACAUGAACCUUGGUGGCAGAGUGGACUUUGAGAACUUUGUCAACUUGAUGUCCCCAAAGCUUCUGGCAGAAACUGCAGGGAUGAUUGGAAUGAAGGAGCUCAAAAACGCUUUCAAGGAGUUUGAUGUGGACGGAGAUGGAGAGAUCACAACGGAGGAGCUGCGGUUAGCCAUGUCCAAGCUGAUGGGGGAGCACAUGAGCCGGAGAGAGAUAGAUGACAUUGUAAAAGAAGUGGACUGCAACGGCGAUGGCACUGUAGACUUCGAAGAAUUUGUCAGAAUGAUGUCCCGGCAGUGACAA